AUGUGGUCGUUUUUCUCUCGGGAUCCUACAAAAGACUUUCCUUAUGAGGUAGGAGAUCCUAUACCUGGUCUUGAAGACAAAAGUGUUUGGAUCCUGCACAAAGGAAAGAAGAGAGGAACACAAGAUGAAGUGUCAAUAUUCUUAUUUGAUGUUCAAAAACAUUCUGAAACUCUGUUUGAUAUUGCAAAAGCUUCCUUGAAACGUCUAAAGACUAUAAGGCAUCCAAGCUUGUUACAUUAUUUAGAUAGUUGUGAAACUGAAAAAUUUUUAUAUGUUGCAACAGAGUAUGUAAAACCAUUAGCUAAGCAUAUAGACGAUAUGAAAUUGGAGGGACAACAACGUGAAUUAUUUCUGGCCUGGGGUAUAUUCCAAAUUACUAGGGCCUUAUCAUUUUUCAACAAUGAUGGCAAUAUGAAACAUAACAAUGUUUGUUUAUAUUCAAUCUUUGUGACUGCUGCGGAAGAAUGGAAACUAGGAGGUUUUGAAUUUAUAACAAGCCAUGGACAGGAAGGUGCUAAUAUCAUCCCAAUAAAAAUUAUACCUUCUCUUGAAAUCUAUGAUCCACCUGAGAAAAAAGACCCAACCAAACUAAAGUCUGUAACAAAGUGUUCAACAGAUAUGUGGGGGCUAGGCUGCCUCAUUUGGGAAGCAUAUAAUGGACCACUUAAAAAUCAACCUUCUCUAAAAACUGUGGACAAAAUACCAAAGCAACUGUGCACAUUAUACUGUGAGUUAGUUAGCGCUAAUCCAGCUUCAAGACCAAAUCCAGCUGAUAUUAUUACAAGAUGUCGUAAAUUGGGUGGUUUCUUUAAAAAUGACCUUAUAGAUACAAUGUUAUUCUUAGAAGAGAUACAAAUCAAAGACAAGGCUGAAAAGGGGAAGUUUUUCUCAACCUUAAGCAGUCAUUUAGACAAUUUUCCAGAGGCUGUGUGUAUUCAUAAGAUAUUACCUCAGUUGAUGACUUCCUUCCAUUAUGGGGAUUCUGGAUCAGCCGUUUUGGCACCUAUGUUUAAGUUGGGUAAAUUACUAGAGGAUGCUGAGUAUCAGAAGCAAAUAGUGCCAUGUGUUGUGAAGUUGUUUGCCUCAAAUGACAGAACUACCAGGUCUAGGCUACUUCAACAACUUGAUCAAUUUAUUUUGCACCUACAAAAUUCUACCGUGAAUGACCAAAUCUUCCCACAAGUGAUGCAUGGAUUUUUGGACACAAAUGCCGUAAUCCGCGAACAGACUGUAAAAUCUAUAGUACAUCUUGCUCCAAAAUUGAACUAUAAUAAUUUGAAUGUUGAAGUCCUGAGACACUUUGCAAGGCUUCAAUCCAAAGACGAUCAAGGUGGUAUAAGAACGAACACAACAGUAUGCCUAGGGAAAAUAGCGGCCCACCUUCACCCGCAAAUACGUCAGAAGGUGCUCGUGUCCGCGUUCGUUCGUGCUACGCGCGACUCGUUCCCGCCCGCACGACAAGCGGGCGUACUAGCGUUGGCCGCCACGCAACAGUACUUUUUACUAUCCGAAGUCGCUAAUCGAGUGUUGCCAGCAUUAUGUCCACUUACGGCCGAUCCGGAGAAACAGGUCCGAGAUGCAGCCUUUAGAACUAUCAAAGGCUUUUUGGGUAAACUGGAGAAAGUUUCGGAAGAUCCCAGUUUGAAAGAAGGAAUGGAGGCGGACGUAAACACGGCGACACCAAGUCUCAGUAAUGCGGCGGCCACGUGGGCCGGGUGGGCGGUGACCGCAGUGACAGCCAAAUUCUACCGCUCUCACUCUGAUACAGCUAAAGUCCAGCAUCCUGUUAAAUCUACACUAUCUAAGCCGGGUUCGCUAGAACAACCAUCCUCUAGCAGUAUGUCUACGACGACGUCAUCGGUAACAUCGAUGACGUCACUGGAGCACAGCGAGUCUGCGUCCGACUAUGACCCUGAACACUGGGACAUGACGGCCUGGGGCGAGAUCGACUCUAGCGCAGCCACAACGGGUGGUAGUGGCAAGUCAGGCGCCAGCAGUACAGGCGGAGGUGGCCUAGCUGCCCUCUGUGAGGACGAAUGGGACAAUGAAGAGUGGGGACAGAUACAGGAACAUCCAGCAGCUGAAGCAGAAUUAGCAAGUCCAUCAGAGACGUGGAAUAACUCGGAAUGGACUCAACCGAUGCAAAGUGCGAACGCAACGUUCGUACGCAAUACAUCGCGACUCGAACAUAAGCCGACAGCGCAUCAGAACAGCAAUGACUCACUUGGCGGUUGGGAAGAUGGCGAGUUUGAACCUAUUGAAGAAAAUGUUGAUGAAAACAACGCAUCAAAAAUGGAUGAGAUGCGUCGCAAACGUGAAGAAAGGAAAGUGCAACGUCAACGGGAAAUGGAAGCCCGACGUAACGCAAGAGGACAAGGACCGAUGAAACUUGGGACCAAAUUGUCUGCGCCUGCGCCGUUCUAG